AACCGAACCAUCCACAAGUAAGCUGACACUAUCCUCGGCCCAAGGAAGUAAUGAAUACUAAAUAACAUCUCCAUGAUAUCUCACAAUGAAGUACUGCAUGUUGACAUAUCAAUGAUUUUUUCUUUCAUCUAAAAUGGCUUCUCUUCUAUCCAACAGCUUGACUCGCCUGAGCGCGUCGGGAAAGCUAUGCACGGCAAUGGGCAUUCGCCUUGUGGCGAAUACACAAAUUGUCCAUUUGGCGGCAAAUGGAGGGUUUGAUGCUCUUUUCAUUGAUCUCGAGCAUUCGACGUUGUCCAUUCAUGAUGCCAGUCAACACUGCAUCGUUGGUCUUCAACUAGGCAUGACGCCCUUUGUAAGAGUACCUUACCAGUGCGGCAAUGGCUUUGUUCAAAAGGUUCUCGAUGGAGGAGCAAUGGGGGUUGUAUUUCCUCACAUUCACGGCCACAUUGAUGCCAUGGCUGCCGUCUCGAUAUGCAAAUACCCACCCCAAGGAAAGAGGUCCAUCACUAGCCAACUGCCCGUGUUCUCGUUAAAGGCUGUGCCACAGAGCACGAUAAUCUCGGAGACGAACGCCAACGGUUCAACUGCAUUCCUGAUGAUUGAGACGAAGGAGAGUAUUCAGAAUAUCGACGAGAUUGCUGCCGUCGAAGGCGCCGACGUUCUACUCGUCGGAUCGAAUGAUCUCGCCAUUGAGUUAGGCGUGCCGAGCCAAUUCCAGAGUCCAGUCUUCCGGGAAGCUAUGGAGACCAUUAGCCGGGCGUGCAAAAAGCACGGCAAGAUCAUGGGCUUGGCCGGUAUCUACAACAAUCAUGAGCUACAUGACUGGGCGAUUAAUGAGCUAGGCGUUCGCUUUCUCCUUGGAGGACAAGACUCUGCGAUAUUAGCCCGGGGAGCUGCAGAAACAAUGGCGGAGAUUGCGAAAGUGCAGAAGUAAUUUGCAAAUAAUUAAAUGGUCAUAUCAUACCUAUAUCGUCAAACCCCAUCUUUCAGAUAUUCAAGAUCUAUGGGUAUUGAAUACUACGCACGACUUCCCUGGGUCUGUUGUUG